CUACUCAUCUUCAUCUCCAUUCAAUUUCCUUCUUUUUCUCCAUUCUCGCAUAGUUGCCAAAAACCCCUAAUUCAAGUGAUUUUUGAUUUUCGUCUUUGAUUUUGAUUUGGUAGAUUCCGCGCGAGUCCGUGAUUUCUACCCCUCUUCCUCUCCGCCGUCGCUGCGCAGCUACCGCCACUUCUUCCUCUGUCGCUCGACCACUUCAAUCCGCCUGCUACCGCCUCUUCCUCUCUGCCAUUGGAGACCUAGGUUUGUGGUAGAAUUGUAGCUGAUCCGUCGCUGCAGGAUGUGUUUUACUUGUAUCAGGCUCCAAUCACCCCCAUCUCAUUUAAAUGCCUAGAGGAGGAAUUACCGGACGACGUAGAGGAGCCUCAUCCCGUGGCACUCCUCUUAAGGAUCUAGAGGACGUUCCUCCUGAGAUAGAGAAUCUCUUCACACUUUUUGACGCAGAAGUGUCACCAGAAGAAGAAGGGGAAGAAGAAGGGGAAGAAAGGGAAGAAGAAGGGGAUGAAGAUCAACCUGAUCUCCCCGAUCGAUACGGAAGAAAAUUUAUAGAUUUAGAGAAUGGAGUGCUGACCCCUUCCAAAGAUGUAGCAAAUAUAUGUCGAGAUGUUUUCCAUAAGAUUGUUCUCCCAGACGCCUUCUUUCAGAAAAGUCUUAAGAAGCACCACAUUGGUGUUUAUUGGCUGGAGUUCAAGAAAUAUGCUAACGUCGAGAAGUAUGAUCAAACUCUCGUGUUAGAUGCAUUUAAUAAAAAAUGCAGAGCUAGGUAUGGCGACUACAUCAGCAAAAUGAAAAAGAAGAAUCAGAAACCAAUCUACUUCCCAGAGGUCGUGUGGAAUGAAUAUGUUAAAGCAUGGAAUACGGCUGAUGCUAUAAAGGCUUCCAAAAGAUGUUCCAACAAUCGCAGACAGGGAAAAGAGAAGGCUCUUCCCACACAUGCUAAUGGUUGUGUUGCAUUUGAUGUGACAGCCAAAAAAAUGGCUAAAGAGAACCAGGGAAAGCUCCCUCAUUUUUGGGACCUGUUUCUCAAGACUCAUAGGCUAAAGGACUCACACGAGUUAUGUUCACAAGAAGCCAAAGAAAUUGAGAGGAGAGUUUUGGCAAGGGCUGAUGAGUUGCGUGAGGAAGGGAUUGAUCCAGAUUACGAUGCUAUUUUUCUGGAGCUUUUUGGGAGGGUAAAGAAAAGGAAACAGGUCCCCGGAGCUGGGCAAGCUACAAAGUUGUAUUUUCCAUUUGCUACCAGCUCAACUGCGGGCUCUUCAUCUUCCAGCUCGUCUGGCCUUAGCACCGAGCAGGUUGAUGAGCUUCUCGAGCAACGAGUUCAGCCUUUGCAUCAAGAGAUCGCAGAAUUGCGGGAGCUCGUAAAUGUCCUUAGUCAGCAAGUCCUAGGAAGAGUGGCUUAAAUAGAUUUGAACUAAAUUGUGGGAGAUUUCAUGUUUAUAAGGGGAUGCAAUAUACAACUAGUAUUUUUUUGAACUAAUCUUGUUUAAUCUGAAAAAUGGGAUUGAAUUGAAGUGUGAACCAAUAUUUUGUAUCUAUGUAAAAUUUGAAUUUUUUGUCA